AUCAAGCAAAACCCUACAAUCCCCUGCCAAAAGCCCUCAGACCGCUCCCCGGACGAACCAAGCAAAAACCUAACAAUCCCCUACCAAAUCCCUCAUUCCUCUUUCCGGACGAACGAACAAAAUAUGGUGAAGAAGAGCAAAAAGAGCAAGAGCAAGAGGGUUUCACUGAAGAAAAAAUACAAGAUAAUCAGGAAAGUGAAGGAGCACCACAAGAAGAAGGCCAAGGAAGCCAAGAAAUUGGGCCUCAACAAGAAGCAGAAGGUCGAGAAGGAUCCAGGCAUACCCAAUGACUGGCCCUUCAAGGAGCAAGAGCUCAAAGCCCUCGAGGCCCGAAGGCAGCGCGCUAUCCAGGAGCUCGAUGAGAAGAAAGCAGCCCGUAAAGAGAGGGCUAAAAAGAGAAAAUUGGGGUUGUUGGAGGAUGAAGAUAUGAGAGAAGAAAGCUCUGCUGGGGAUGAUAAGGUCACUGAUGGUUCUGCCAGAAUUAUUAAAAAUCGAGACAACUCGGAUAGAACUUUCUACAAGGAGUUAGUCAAGGUGAUUGAAAAUUCUGAUGUAAUUUUAGAAGUUCUUGAUGCUCGAGAUCCCUUGGGCACUCGUUGUGUUGACAUGGAAAAGAUGGUGAUGAGGUCAGGGGCACAGAAGCGUCUCGUUUUGCUCCUCAAUAAAAUUGAUCUCGUCCCUCGUGAAGCUGCUGAGAAGUGGCUCAAGUACCUCAGAGAGGAGUUACCAGCAGUUGCAUUUAAGUGCAGUACCCAAGAACAGAAAUCGAACUUAGGAUGGAAAUCUGGUCCAAAGGGUGGGAAAACUGGCAAGGCAAACAAUCAUAUGCAAACGAGCGACUGUCUAGGUGCUGAGAAUUUGAUAAAGCUGUUGAAAAACUAUUCAAGAAGCCAUGAGAUAAAAACAUCUAUCACUGUGGGUGUUAUUGUCCUGCCAAAUGUCGGUAAAAGUAGUCUAAUUAAUAGCUUGAAAAGAUCACACGUUGUCAAUGUUGGCGCCACUCCUGGACUCACGAGAUCCAUGCAAGAAGUCCAGCUGGACAAAAAUGUUAAAUUACUAGACUGCCCUGGGGUCGUGAUGCUUAAAUCUUCCGAGAAUGAUUCUUCCAUUGCACUUCGUAAUUGCAAGAGAAUUGAAAAAUUAGAUGACCCGGUUAGUCCCGUUAAAGAAAUUCUGAAGCUUUGUCCGGAGAAAGUAUUGGUGACGUUAUACAAAAUCCCUGGUUUUGAUUCUGUUGAUGAAUUCCUUCAGAAUGUUGCCACAGUCAGGGGCAAACUCAAAAAAGGUGGCAUUGUGGAUGUUGAUGCUGCUGCAAGGAUUGUUUUGCACGACUGGAAUGAGGGUAAAAUUCCAUAUUAUACAAUGCCGCCAACUAGAAAUGCGGAGGAGCCUUCUGAGGCAAGGAUUGUCUCUGAGCUCGGGAAGGAAUUCAACGUGGAUGAAGUUUACGGUGGCGAAUCGUCAUUUAUCGGCAGUUUAAAAUCUGCCAACGAAUUCAAUCCUGUUGAAGUGCCUCCGAAUAAUCCGUUUCAUUUCGACCUGACGGUUGAGAGUGAUGGAGAAAUGGGUGGUGAUGGUGAUCAGAGUAUGGAAAGUAAUGAAGAGAUUGCCCAACCAGAUAAUGUGAAAUCUAGCAAUAGCACCAAGAAGCAAAACGAGAAGUUGUAUGCCGAGGAAGGCAUGCUCAACACUAAGCUGAGAAAAGCGGACAAGAAGAGGCUUAAAAAGGAAAGUCAGCCGGCUGCAAUGGAACAUGAUGGCAACAAUGAUGAUUACGAUUUUAAGGUUGAUUAUGCCAGGAAGGAUUCUGAUAUGGAUGUUGGCGAUGGUGAUGAUGAUGAUGAUGAUGUGGCGGGUGAAAGGCACAAGAAUAGAUUUGAGCUGCCGCCUGGAAUUGAGGUGGACAACGACUCAGCCGACUCGCCAAUUGAGCUCCCUUCGAAGUUCUCGCAGGCGGUCCCAAAAAUCGACCUUCGAUUUCCGACCGACGGCGACCCUCGACCACCGACGGGGCUUCAACCUUCGCGAGCCUCCACCUCCGACGACGAGCACGCCUUGCUGCAACUCAACAGAUUUCCGGCGAGCCAGUCUUUCACGGCUGUUAACGAGCAGCGCCGGAGAGCUGCAGUUGCCGGCGACUGCAACAACGGACCUAAUGGCGAUCCUAAAGCUCCGACACCGAUCUCCAGUCGGGACGAUGAACCCGACCGAGGCCAGACGAGCGGACGAGUACCAAGAACACCCGAUUUCCGGCGAAUUUCAGUCAGCGGCGACCGGAGCUCUGACCGACGAGUUGUUCUCGGAGCAGGUUCGUCUUCUUUUCCGUCGACCGUCCUCGGCAUCCGACCACAAGCCGAGCCGUCUCUGAGAGCUUUAUCCUUGGCUGAAAUUAGCAGUCGCAGCCGAGCCUUGAGCAAGCCUCCGCUCGAGCCUUCAUUGCCUCCAUUUUUAACCUCUGUCGAAGAGGAUGAUCAUUCAGUUACAUGCAUUAAAUUUAAUUCAAAAGCAGAGCAUGAUUGGUUUAUUUUCAGUCAAGAAUCAGCUUUGAGGGCAUGCUUAGGUGUUGAUAGAGCCUUUAGAGAGCGCAGUCCUGGUGUGGGCGGCUCUAGUCCUGGGGUGGACGGCAACAGUCCUGGGGUGGACGGCAACAGUCCUGGGGUGGACGGCUUGUUCCUAUCUUUCCUGGUGUGGGUUGAUAGGAUAGAGGUGUGA